AUGUUGCCUCCUUUAUUAUUUGGAUUGCUUUUAGUAGUUAAUCAUCUAACACUAAUUAGCUCAGAAUCAGAUCACGAUGAAAGUUUUGACGAGAAAAUUGAUAGCACAAGCCGUUUAGAAAACGAAAAUGAGCAUGUACUAUCACUAGUACAAAAUACCCAAGAUGAGAUCCUUGAUGUAAUUGAACCAGAACGUGUACAACGAUCUUUUGAAAGUUCAACGCAAAGUAUCGUUAGUGGCGAAUUCAAAACAGCUGAAGAAAACCUAGAUAUUAAAAGUUCUACUAUAGAUGACCGUUUAAAAAUGUUACCAGGUGACGAAAAUCAAAGAUCUGAUGAAGCUUCGAGAAAUUAUGAAAAGUCGAGCUUAAUUUAUGACAAAAACAACGAGAUAGGUAGUGAAAGGUCUAUAACUAAAAUAGAUGAUGAAGAACUUAAUGUUAAUAGUCAUGUAACCGAUAAAUAUUUGAUUCCUGAUAUUGUAGAUGAAAAAACUAAAAGUGACGAUGAACCAAGCAAUAAAAACCUUAAUUUUGAAAUGGAAGUCACUAAUGAAAAUAGCAGCGAAGGUAUCACAGAUGUAUUACCAUAUACCAGACGCUCUAUGACAUUUGAUACUCAAGAUGCACUUUUAGACAGUAAAGCUAGAAUGGCAGGAAGUUCAGAUGAAAUUAUCAAAGAUCCUGGAACGACUGUAAAUUCAGGCUUCGCAGUAAUCAACACAGCUAGACCUUUUGGUAGUUAUUAA